UAUCUAACAUCCGGUUCCUCAGUGUCAUAUGACCAGCGCUCUGCUGUCAUUUAUAUUAUUCAGUACCAGUUAGCAAAGCACAUCGUUUAAUUCUCAGGUUUCCUUUCCUUUAUCCAACGAUGGCAACAUUGGUAGCAAACAGAGCGAUGGACGUCAACGGCUUGGCAGCAGCGGCGAGGACGCACACGCAGGCUGUGACCAGAAAUUACAUCUCUCAACCCAGGCUAACCUACUCUACUGUGUCUGGUGUAAAUGGACCCUUGGUGAUCUUGGAUAAUGUGAAGUUCCCCAGAUAUGCUGAGAUUGUUCACUUGACCCUGCCUGAUGGCACCAAGAGGAGUGGGCAGGUGCUGGAGGUGAUUGGAAGCAAGGCAGUUGUGCAGGUGUUUGAGGGAACAUCAGGCAUCGAUGCCAAGAAGACGGCUUGCGAGUUCACUGGUGAUAUCCUGCGUACUCCAGUGUCGGAGGACAUGCUGGGGCGGGUCUUCAAUGGCUCAGGGAAACCCAUCGACCGUGGGCCCAGUGUUCUGGCUGAGGACUACCUGGACAUCAUGGGUCAGCCCAUCAAUCCUCAGUGCCGCAUCUAUCCUGAGGAGAUGAUCCAGACUGGCAUCUCAGCCAUUGAUGGCAUGAACAGCAUUGCCAGGGGACAGAAGAUCCCGAUUUUUUCUGCUGCCGGGCUGCCCCACAAUGAGAUUGCUGCCCAGAUCUGUCGCCAGGCUGGACUGGUACAGAAGUCAAAGGAUGUGAUGGACUACAGUGCUGAGAACUUUGCCAUUGUGUUUGCGGCCAUGGGGGUCAACAUGGAAACUGCCCGCUUCUUCAAGUCUGAUUUUGAGGAAAAUGGCUCUAUGGACAACGUCUGUCUUUUUCUGAACCUGGCUAAUGACCCGACCAUUGAGCGCAUUAUCACACCUCGCCUGGCGCUGACUUCAGCAGAAUACCUGGCCUACCAAUGUGAGAAGCAUGUCCUCGUCAUCCUGACUGAUAUGAGCUCAUACGCCGAGGCCCUCAGAGAGGUCUCUGCUGCUCGAGAGGAAGUGCCCGGCCGUCGAGGCUUUCCUGGCUACAUGUACACAGAUCUCGCCACCAUCUAUGAACGUGCUGGCCGAGUGGAGGGCAGAAAUGGUUCUAUCACGCAGAUCCCCAUUCUCACCAUGCCAAAUGAUGACAUCACCCAUCCAAUUCCUGAUCUGACUGGAUACAUCACAGAGGGGCAGGUCUAUGUUGACAGACAGCUACACAACAGACAGAUCUACCCACCCAUCAAUGUGUUGCCCUCUCUGUCCCGUUUGAUGAAGUCAGCCAUUGGUGAGGGGAUGACCAGGAAGGACCAUGCUGAUGUUUCUAACCAGCUGUAUGCCUGCUAUGCCAUUGGCAAGGAUGUCCAGGCUAUGAAGGCUGUGGUUGGAGAAGAGGCCCUCACUUCUGAUGAUCUGCUCUACCUUGAGUUCCUGCAAAAGUUUGAGAAGAACUUCAUUGCUCAGGGCCCGUACGACAACAGGACAGUGUAUGAAACUCUGGACAUUGGCUGGCAGCUGCUGCGAAUCUUCCCCAAGGAGAUGCUCAAGAGGAUCCCUCAGAGCACUUUGUCCGAGUUUUACCCCAGGGAGUCUGCCGUCCGUCACUGAGGCACACACUCACCCUGACACCCAGCACUCCCUUCAUUUCCUUAUUUCAUCUCCCCCUACAGCCCUGCACUUGGGAGACCAGUGUUGUCGAGCCCUCACUCAUCCCAAAUGUAACCUCCUCUUGCCUCUUCCUCGUGGUUCUUUGAAUGAAUCCAAGCCCCACCACAACAUCACCCCCACUUCCCAGCCUGAAUGAGAACAGGGCAAUAAUCUCUUCUGUAGAUGUAGUGUAUCCGUGUCCAGACGUUGUGUAUAGUGUUUGUAAUGUCUACUCUUGAUUGCAAAAACGUGAAUAUAUCGUUAAAAUUAUAGAUCAGUCUUUAUUUAUUGGGGUGUGUUACUGCUGGAUCCCCCUCUUCCUUUUUUUGUUUUUUUUUUUUAAAUAAAUGCUAUGUGAUAUUCAUUUCCCACUAAAGGCAAGAGGCUUCCAAAUGAAGAAAGAGCAGUUGUCAAAAUUAUAAUAAAAAAAUAAAGUACCUCUGCAACCACUUGCAGUAGGUGAAGAUGAUAAACAUUUGGGGUUUUUUUUGGAGACUGAAAUAUAUUGAUUCAGAUUGUCAGUUUAUAAAGUGAAAGGCACACUUUGAAUGAAUAUUUAAACAACAAGCUGAACAUCUUAAGUGUGACCAUACCAAUAUUUACCUGAGGGUGAUUUUAUAGUCAAGCAUUUCUCGUAUCCACUGUCUACGUAUUCUUUAAUAACAGGCUACUGCUGUAUUUUCCAUGUUUUCAUCUCAGCUUUGUCAACAUGCUGAGGAAAACAUCCUUACUAAACAGACAAACUUGGGCCACAAGCAGAGUUGAGUUCUUUAGUGUAUGUCGCCCCCAGUACUUUGCCUCCUUCUUCCCUCCUGCUUCCUAAUAUAGAAAGAACACAGUGGAUGUUUACAUUGUUUGUGUUUUGCUGUUUGAUUUGUAUUGCAAAAAGUGAGUAUGUAAGAGUAUAUUAAUCAUUCCCAUCUAAUUCUUUGUUGUGAAAAAAUAAUGGUUUUGUGAGUCUGUGUCCAUUAAUAAAUUAAAGUAAAAUA